AUGGCGGCGUCGACGGCACAUUCCGGGGCGCUGGUGAAGCCGGGCCGGAUUGCUGGGCGCAGGGGUGAGCGAGGGGGGUGUCAUCGGGCGAGGACCUCUGUCGUAGUCCGAGCGGAGUCCUCGUGCGGGCGGCGCGACGCCCUGGCGGCCGGUGCGUGCGUUCUGGCGACGGUGCCGGGACUGGCCAGCACGGCGGAGGCCACGCCGCUGGCGCCCCUCGGCAAGGUGGGAGCGUCCGUCGGGGGCGAGAAGAGAGGGGGCAUGGGAGCGGAGGCCGUCGCGAAGGUCCUUGAGCGGGACCUGAGAGAGGGGCAGUACUUCGUGACGGGCGCUCUGACGCCGGAGAUCUUCGAGGACGAGUGUCGCUUCAAGGACCCCACGAACGACAUCGUUGGCCUCAGCAGGUACAUCAAGGCCCUCGGGCUGCUGUUCGACCCUCUGUACAGUGGGGUGGAGCUGAAGGGCAUCAAGGUGACGUCGCCAGACACCAUCGAGGCCGACUGGCGCCUCGGGGGCUUCCUGAACAAGAAGUACUUCCCCUGGGGCGCGAAGAUCGACCCGCUCGAGGGCCACACGGUGUACAAGCUGAGCGACCGGGGCCUCGUGGCGCUGCAGGAGCAGACGUGGUCCAUCACGGGGUUCGAGGCGCUGCAGCAGACGUUCACGCCCGCGGGCGUCGCGCCGUACAAGGUGCUGUGA